UGAAGAUCAGUUGUUGCAGAGAGCGCAUUGUGUGUGGCUGUUUACGUGCUCCACAACUCUCUAUCGCUCGCUCACGCAAAAGUUUCUUUUCCUCAAUGCGAAGUGAGAAAAAAAAAUACGAACCAUCAUUAGGGAAAUUGUGAACCAAUUUUCUUUAUAAUGUGUUUAAAUUCAUAAAAUAAUACCCUGUGUUCUAUAAAGAUCAUGUUCGAUGAAAGUGAAGUGAAUUAAAAAAUUUCCCAUUGCAGUGAAGAACAAAAACGAGGCACUUUUCGCAGGCAUUUUGUAUCCAGUUGAAGAAUAGAGUGGUGUGCAAAAAGUGAAUACCAAAUUAAAUAUGUACUAAAUGCAUGUGUUACGGAUUACAUAGAGGAAAGAGAAUCACAAAUAAAAGUGUGAAUAUUUCUAGUUUGCUUCAUUAAUAGAGACAAUGAAUUGCAUUAAGUAUUUGCUAAUGGAAAUAAUAAAAGCACAACAACUUAAUAUAAAAUUGAUGAAGAAUAAUGCUUCUCUUCCUCAUACUUUUCACUUUUGAAUUUACCAUCAUUUUCUACGCGAAUCUCCUCAAUUUUCAUGCAGAUUUCUUGCCUCUUUUGUGAAGAGCUUCAACUUGUUUUUUUUAUUGUGAAGUGAUGAGAAAUUAUACUUUCAUUAGCCUGAACAACAAUGCAUCGAGAUGAGUGUGAAGAACAGAGAUAGAAUGUGAAUUUUGGAUGCUUUCUGCUGUGCUUUCCAGUCAAGUGAUUUAUCUAAAAGUGGGAAAAGUGUAUAAAUUUGUGUGUUGUGGCCCGAUUUUCCGAAUAAAACAACACAGCAAGAAUGAAUAAGAUUAAAAUGUAUAUUGUGCCGGAUCAGACAAGCGAGAUCGACAAGGUGCUCUCGUCGAAGAUCAAGAAAUUCAGCAGCGAACGGAAUCUAUUCUUUGCAAAUUUGAAUAAUUGCAUAUAUAGUGACUAUAGUCCGACAAAAGUAGGAAAUGAGAACGGCGGUGGUGCAAAGGUGACCAAGAGUAAUUCCUUUUUAAAAGCAACUGAUGGAUGGCGAGGUACUCUGAUAAAGAAGUACAAAAGUACAAAAGACCUCUUUCAAUCAACCACAACGGAAUCACCACAGGUGAAACUGGAGAAGGAAUGGAAGGAGAAUAAACCCAUUAAUCGCAUAAACUCUUUUAAUUUGGAUGAGUUUGAUCGCCAUUAUCUAUUCUCGGAUAAUAGACGGAAUAUCGUGAAGGAGUUGAGGAAGAAUUUUGAGAAUUUCGCUAAGAAUGAGGAACUGAACAACAAAAGACCACAAAUUAGUGCAAAGAAGCCAGAGGUUCCUUACAAGAAAUGCGACUACACUGAAAAUCCCAUUCAACGAAAGCUUAGUGAAAAGAUCCACAGUGAGUUUAUUGCCUACGAUGGCGAUUUAUCAUUCAAAAACGAUCGUCCACAUGAGCCAUUUUAUCUACAUGACAAAUAUGGCACAAGGAGUCGACACAAGUUAAAUAGUGUCUUCUAUGGGGUCGCGGAGGUUGAUGUAAAGAAGAACAAUAAUAAUGCCAACGUUAAGUAUGAGCGAGAAAGGGUUCAUCGGAAGCCGCCGGAGCCGCCGAAGAGGAGUGUUUCCAUCAGGAAUGAAUUGUACAAUUACGGCGCCGCCCCGGUGCAGCGCAAUUCAACACCAAAUUUGGAUGAUUUAUUCCGAUGCCAUGUGGUGAGCAAUCAAAAUUGUGCUCCUCGCAAUCCGUCAACGUUGAGGUAUACGCGAUUUCGUAGUGGAAGUGCCAACAACGUGAGUGACUUAGACAUUGAGACUAUCAACAAUGAACUUCAAGACUUUGUCGACCCUCAGUGGAGUUCUGCCAAUUAUGCCCAGAGAGCACAAAUGCGGCGCUAUGGUAGCAGAAAGGAGUUGGACCUGGAGCAGAAGAUAGAUCUCGAGAUCAAGAUGCGUGAGGGCUCGGCAAAGUUGCUAGCUGCGUGCAACAAUCCAAAGACAUCGUCAAAGGGCUCCGCAUAUGCUGGAAAUUCGGCAUCAAAUGCCAACAGUACUCAAAUUCUCGAGGCGGCCAAGAACCUCCUCACAUCCAAUGAGCGGAUGACGGCGUACAUGGCGGAGUUGCAGCGGCGGAAGCGCGAUCGAGACACCACGCAGAGGUCCAAGCCUACCGGGAAGGUGUCUCUCAGUGAGAUUCGGAUGCCUCUGAUGUGGCGGGAUACAGACCACUUCAAGAACAAGGGUGAUCAUCGGCGCUUCGCUGUAUUUUGCCUCGCGAAGAUCGGCACUGAGAUCUACGACACAUCGCUUCUGUGUCCUGUGGAUAGGAAUCUCACGGACAUCACUUUUAGCGAUGCUAUUCUCUUUUCCAAUAUCACUCCCGAUUUCGAGCUGAAAUUGGAGGUGUACGCAGUGAUGAUGGAGUCUGAUUUAUCGAUUGCAUCAACACCACGAAAAAUAAAGAAUACGAUACACAGUUCAAUUAGUCGAACAGUGGGUAAAAGACUGGCUGCUAAUCUCAAAGAUGAACUGAAUAAUACAAAAAUAGGGCCAAAAUAUGAUUUAAUCGCAACGGCUCACUUGACACUGUCUGACGCCUCGGAUCUACCUCACACACAUGACCUGUGUCUCUCACCAAAUAACAGCAACGCGUGUCAGAAUCCCACUGGGAAGUUGCCGCUCUUCGGACACUUCUGCUGUCGUCUGGCCGUCCAAGCGGACGCCGUGGAGCAGCCGUUGAUCGUGGGUGAGCUAAAUCUACUGGCGAAGGGCUCCUGUCGUCCUGUGGACGGCAUUGCCAGACUGCAGGCAUUCCGUUUGGAGAUGUGGGAUGACGAGGAGACUAUGAAGAGCAACAUUCAGCCGAGACGAAGUCUUGAUGUGACAAGAGAUACGAAAUUGAAACAGAAAGGCGAUACAGACUUCAUUUUGUCCAAUCUAGAGGAAGGGGCUCUCGAGGACUACACUUUCCGAACGAAGUCAGUGACGGAGCAAACAAAGUGGUUCACAGCCAUUAAGAAGGCCAUAAAGGAGCAUCAAAUUUGGGGACAUAUAACACUUGCACUGCCCAUGCAACUCGCCUCGCCAGGUAACAAAAGUUACUUUACACGCUCCUCAAGGCAAGGGUCGCUAUACGAUCAGGUCCCAAUAUUUGAGACAAUUGAACCUCGUCAGCCAAGUCGACCGUCUGUCCAGGACAUCUUUGCGAUUCCCAAUUCGGUGGACACUUCGCCAACGCUGAGUGAUUUCCGCAAUAGGACCUAUUCUUCCGGACGCAGCAGUCACAGCAGCAAUUUGAGCAAUGGCAGUAGCGUGGGCUCCAUCAAUUCCCGACGCAGUCACUGGCCAUUCGGCGGCAAGUGAGCUGUGACACUG